CACAUUCAGUUUCAUUUCUUCCUUCUUCUCUCAGCCAUGGCGUCUGCUGAUCUGAAAGACGAGCUGCUCUGUUCCAUCUGUUUAUGUAUUUUUAAGGAUCCUGUAAUGCUGAGAUGUGGACACAACUUCUGCCGGGUCUGUAUCGAUCGUGCACUGGAUACACAGGACGAGUCUAGGGUUUAUACCUGUCCUGAAUGCAGAGAAGAGUUUCAGGAGCGGCCUGCACUGAUGAGGAACUUAGCUCUGCGUAACAUUAUGGAGAAUUUAUUAUUUACUCAACAUAAAGAGACGGAAACCGGGAUCUGCUGCACUUACUGUGUGGACUCUCCUGUACCUGCUGUAAAAUCCUGUCUUAUGUGUGAGGCUUCUCUGUGUGAGAAACACCUGAGAGUCCACAGCAAGUCAUCAGAACACGUCUUAUCUGACCCCAGGACUUCCCUGGAGAACAGGAAAUGUUCUGUCCAUAAGAAGAUCCUGGAGUAUUACUGCACUGAGGACUCUGCUUGUAUCUGUGUGUCCUGCAGUUUGGUUGGAGAACAUCAGGGACAUCGGGUGGAGAUGCUGGAUGAGGCCUCUGAGAAGAAGAAAGGGAAACUGAGAAAUAAAUUCCAGAAACUGACUACAAAGCGAGAGGAAACUGAGGAAAGAGUCCAGAACCUGGAGGAGCGCUGGAGAAAAGUGCAAGGAAAAGCAUCUGGGGAAGCAGAGAGAGUCACUGCCCUGUUUACAGAUAUCAGGAGACAAAUGGACGACCUGGAGAAGAGGGUCCUGAGUGAGAUCUCCAGGCAGGAAAAGGAAGAGUCAAUCUUACUCUCUGCUCUGAUGAAGAAGCUGAAAAUAAAGAAGGACGAGCUGUCCAGGAGGAUGAGACACAUUGAGGAGCUGUGUAACAUGACUGAUCCACUGACUGUCUUACAGGAACCAGAUACAGGUGACUUGUGUGAUCCUGAGGAGGAAGGAGGUGAGGAGGACAUAAAUAGAUGUCUCCAUGAUGUAGGUUAUCUGGAUGUGGCUGUGAUCUCAGACAAAUUACACACAUUAUGUGACAUAAUAACAGAUAUAAGGAGAGGGAUCUAUAUGGAGGGUCCUGGAGACAUCUUACUGGAUGUAAACACAGCUGGUAAUAAUGUCCUUAUAUCAGACGACCUGAAAACUGCAAUCUGGACACAAAAUUAUCAGAAUCGUCCAGAAACAGCAGAGAGAUUCCAGAAUAAUCAGGUGAUGAGCAGCAGGGGAUUUACCUCAGGGCGACAUUACUGGGAUGUGGAGGGCAGUGGAUCAGUGGGUUGGAGGGUGGGGAUGUGUUAUCCCAGUAUAGACAGGAGGGGGCGUCAGUCAUACAUUGGAUAUAAUAACAAGUCCUGGAGUUUGAUGAGGUAUGAUAAUCAGUAUCUAGUAAUACAUGAUGGUAAAGAGAUCCAGUUACCUGACGAGAUCUCCAGUGAUAGAGUCAGGAUAUGUCUGGACUACGAGGCCGGGCAGCUGUCCUUUUAUGAGCUGUGUGACCCCAUCAGACACUUACACACCUUCACUGCCGCCUUCACCGAGCCCCUUCAUGCUGCAUUAUGUGUAUUUGGUAGAAUCAUUUUUAAAUCCUAUGUACAUGGUUUUAGUUAUGAACAUUCGUUGUUGAAUAUUAUUAGUUAAAGGGGUUGACCACCCUAAGUAUCAAAAAUCCAAAGUACCCCAGACAAUAGCCCAAACCAUGAAGUAUUUCGAUCAGGUGACAUGUACCGGCUCUAUAUCCUGUCUCUAACCUGUUCACCAUGACAGGCCUCCCUGGAGGAGCUCCUCAGACCGGCUGUGUGGGAGGAGCAGCUGCAAAGUGAAAGUAAAAAUCCCAGCAUGCAUUGCAGCAAGCAUGUUCAGAGGAGCAGUCACAUGACAUCCCCGCCCACCUGUGUUUCCAUAGAGACAAGAGCCCCUCAGAUAAUAUCAAUAACUCAGUCAUCAGUGAAUAACUGCUGUACAGACAGAGCAAUAGGAAGUGCGCCCCAGUCCCAGCAGCACACAGGACUAUGAUGCUAAUGUAUCAUUCAUAUGUUACUGGGGGGAGGGGCCUCUUCAUAAACUUGCUGUGGGGCCUAGUCAUUUCUGGUUGCACCCUUGCAUUUAACCCAUUAACAGAAUGAAUAGGGGGGAGAUUUAUCAUUUCCCUUGUUUCUGAAAAGUGGCGUUAAAAAGUUGCUUUGUUUGCAACUGUUUAACUUUGGGGGUCACAAUGGCAGGGAGGGGCGUGACCAGUCACCCCACAAAAUGCAUGUUCAUUUUCGACAGUUUUCUGACUAAAAUGAAGCCAGAAAUCCACGGCAGCUAUGAGCGGUCAUAGAUUUCUGUUUAGGUGCAUGGACCGCCAUAGGAGGGGGGCUGCUGAGGGGGGACAGAUCUUUGUUGCACAAGAACUCUGAUAAAUAAAUUUGUACAAAUCGAUCUCACAUAGAGAGGCGCCUCCUGUCUAUCCUCACACGACUAAGGCUACUUUCACACUAGCAUUAGCAGCUGUUCCCCUGCCAGAUCCGUUCUAACGCUAGCCCACGAGUGCCGCUGGAAGUCAGCUCCGGCCCCAUUCACAUUCACUGAUGCCCAGCACGCUGCAUUUUUUGUCCAGCCGCCUCUCGGCAUGUUUGCCGUGCUGUGGCCGCAUCUCCGACCUGUCUCCAUUAAAUUGAAUGGGGCCGGAGCGGACUUCCGGCGGCACUCGUGGGCUACAGUUAGCACGGAUCACUGUAUACAGUGUACAGGGGGUCACGGAUCUCUAUAUGCAGUGGUGGGGGUCACAUAUCACCAUAUACAGAGUGCAGGAAGGAGAGGGCACAUUCAUAGAUGGUGAGACCAGUGACUGCUGCUGAUAUCACUGACCUCGGCCAUACUGACAGCCCACAAGGGGUUAAAGCGCAGGACAGGAGGGGUCGUGGUGAGAGCA